GUGGAAAUCUACGACUGCUACACGUACGCUACUUUCCAGACUCCAAGCGAACAAGUUCGGGUCACCACCUUUUCCAACAACAAACACACCCAAAACACUACGGCCGCUUCCAUCUCUUCGCACCUUGACGCUUUGACCGCCUUCUCAGCCAGCCAGUGAAAGUUUAGGCGACGACCGUACCUGCUUUUUUGGAAGGGCGCACGCAAACCGAGACACGCUUUAUUAGCUACCUCAUUUCGCAUAAAAACGCCCUCUUCCUCGAUCUCUUCUCCUGCUCUCCUUUCCCAAACGACGCCAACAGGUCGAUCGGAACACCGGUGACCAUCCAAACAAAAAAAGGCGAAGGACCGCUGGCUCGCUAGCCCUCCCUCCUUCUCUUCUUCUUCUUCUUCGUCGUCGUCCUCCUCCCUCCCCGUCGCAGACAUCUCCCGGGCCCGAUCUAUUCUGCCGCUCUCCCCAUCUGUGAGCUCACCAUGUCAGUGCCCUACGGAAGCUCGCCCUACGCGCGGCCAUCUGGCUUUGCUGCGGCCGAGGAGUCGCCGCUCGACAAGGUGCGGGCCUACACGUCCAAGGUGGAAGACCUCAUCGACCAGUACACGCAGCCCAUCAAGCCGCACCUGCCUGCCCUCGGACGCUUCCUCAUUGUCGUCACCUUUCUCGAAGACGCGCUGAGGAUCGUGACGCAGUGGGGCGACCAGAAGUACUACCUCCAAAAGCACCGCCACUUCCCAUGGGGCAUCAGCCACAUCUUCCUCUUCACCAACGUCGUUGUCAUGUUGGCUGCGUCUAUUUCCGUCAUCAUGCGUCGCUAUCCCGAGAUCUCCGUGGGCGCGCUCCUGGGCGUCGUUGUCGUGCAGGGGUUCGGCUACGGGCUGAUCUUCGACAUCAACUUCUUCCUCCGCAACCUCUCCGUCAUUGGUGGCCUCCUCAUGGUGCUGAGCGACAGCCUGAGCAAGAAGAAGAACAUAUUUGCCGGCCUGCCCAACAUCAGCGAGACCGACCGAAAGAUCUACUUCCAGCUUGCCGGGAGAGUGCUACUCAUCUUCCUCUUCAUCGGCUUCAUCAUCCAGGGCACCUGGUCGGUUGCUCGGGUCAUCGUCUCCAUCCUCGGCUUUGGCGCAUGUGUCAUGGUCGCCGUUGGCUUCAAGGCUCGCUGGAGCGCGAGCUUCCUGGUGUUGCUGCUGAGCAUCUUCAACAUUUUCGUCAACAACUUCUGGACCGUGCACGCCGCGCACCCGGCUCGCGACUUCCUCCGAUACGACUUCUUCCAGACGCUCUCCAUUGUCGGUGGCCUCUUGCUCCUUGUCAACAUGGGCCCCGGAGGAUUCUCGAUGGACGAGCGAAAGAAGGUGACAUGAGGGGGGAGGCAACGACAAAGCUCGCUCGUGGGGAUCCUGCGCUAUUAUCUCCUCUACGCUCAAAGCAGGGCCCCCAACCUCAACUCAUCAUCACCUCCAUCGUCACCUGCUCCCCUCCAUCCUCUGUCUUCAUCAAACAACCGGUCGCCCAAAAAGAAUCGAAAACAAACAGGCCUGUUCGAUCUCCCCUCGUUCCCUUGCCACAACUUUUGUCUAGUUUCCGGGUAAUGCGAAAUAGUGUAGUAUCGACAGC